AACCCUCUUCCUGACCGAUAUCUUUCUCCCUGUUCCUCUUGACCUAACGCCCCACAUUAUUCGUGACGUAGCUUGGUCACAAACUCGCCAUGUAUGGCACACCACUUCUCUUCGCCAGCUGCCUGGUAUUCCCUGCGAGCGUGGAACUAAUGUGCCUUUUAGGAGAGUCAUCAUUCGAGAGAAUGCCCCGGAGGCAUCGGAGUAUAUUGCUGACUAUAUCAUCAGUAAGUCAUGUCUCGAUUCCUCUUCAACUGGUUGCUCCCCGUCUAAUCGCGGCCGAUUCUUUCGAGACGACUAGGUCGAAUCAAAUCCUUCAAACCAACCGACAGCCAGCCCUUUGUCCUUGGCCUCCCAACCGGUAGCAGCCCCGAAAUCAUCUACAAGACCCUUGUCCGCCGUCACAGAGCGGGCGAC